AUGGAGUCCUUGGCCUUCUCGCGUCGCCCGGGCCCGGCUCCUUCGACCGCCACCGCCCUGACCGCCGAGCUCGCCCGGCCAAUGGGCGAGGGGCUCAUCAAGUCGCCCAAGCCCCUGAUGAAGAAGCAGGCGGUGAAGCGACAUCAUCACAAGCACAACCUGCGGCACCGCUACGAGUUUCUGGAGACCCUGGGCAAGGGCACCUACGGGAAGGUGAAGAAGGCGCGAGAGAGCUCGGGACGUCUGGUGGCCAUCAAGUCAAUCCGGAAAGACAAAAUCAAAGAUGAGCAAGAUCUAAUGCACAUACGGCGGGAGAUUGAGAUCAUGUCGUCACUCAACCACCCCCACAUCAUUGCCAUCCAUGAAGUGUUUGAGAACAGCAGCAAGAUUGUGAUUGUCAUGGAGUACGCCAGCCGAGGAGACCUGUAUGACUACAUUAGUGAGCGGCAGCGGCUGAGCGAGCGGGAAGCCCGGCAUUUCUUCCGGCAGAUCGUCUCUGCAGUGCACUACUGCCACCAGAAUGGGAUUGUCCACCGAGAUCUCAAGCUAGAGAACAUCCUCUUAGAUGCCAAUGGAAAUAUCAAGAUCGCUGACUUUGGCCUCUCCAACCUCUACCACCAAGGCAAGUUCUUGCAGACAUUCUGUGGGAGCCCCCUCUAUGCAUCACCUGAGAUUGUCAACGGAAAACCUUACAUGGGUCCAGAGGUGGACAGCUGGUCUCUGGGUGUUCUCCUCUACAUCCUGGUACAUGGCACCAUGCCCUUUGAUGGGCAGGAUCACAAGAUGCUGGUGAAGCAGAUCAGCAGUGGGGCAUACUGCGAGCCACCCAAACCUUCCGAUGCCUGUGGCCUGAUUCGGUGGCUACUGAUGGUGAACCCCACCCGCCGAGCCACACUGGAGGAUGUGGCCAGUCACUGGUGGGUCAACUGGGGCUAUCCCACCCGUGUGGGGGAGCUGGAAGCUGUACGUGAGAGUGGGCACAGUGGCAGUGACUCUGCCCGUGCCUCCAUGGCUGACUGGCUUCGCCGAUCCUCCCGCCCACUCCUGGAGAACGGGGCCAAAGUGUGCAGUUUCCUCAGACAGCAUGCGCCAGGUGGCGGUGGCAGUGGAGAUGGCAGCACACCCAGCCUGGAGCGCCAGCACUCACUCAAGAAGUCCCGCAAGGAGAAUGACAUGGCCCAGUCUCUCCAGGCUGAUCUAGCUGAGGAUGCCUACACUCGUCCUGCGAAGGGCAGCCUCAAGCUGCCAAAGGGCAUCCUCAAAAAGAGGGUGUCAGGCUCCUUAGAGGGGACACAGGUGGACACACAGGAACCUAGCCCAGUUCCUGAGGGUGCAGGGCAGGCCGCUCCCCUGCUCCCCAAGAAGGGCAUCCUCAAGAAGUCUCAGCAGCGUGAGUCAGGCUACUACUCCUCUCCGGAGCCCAGUGAGUCUGGGGAGCUCCUGGAUGCUGGUGACGUGUUUGUGAGUGGAGAACAGGAGCAGCAGAAUCCUCCACAGCCCCCGGGAUUGCUUUUUCAUCGCAAGGGCAUCCUCAAAGUCAAUGGCAAGUUCUCAAGGGCAACCUUGGAGCUCACUGCCCCCACCACCUUUGGUUCCUUGGACCAACUGGCUGCCCCACACCCCCCAAACCGGGCCAGCCGCCCCUCCCCAUCGGGGGCUGUGAGUGAGGACAGCAUCUUGUCCUCUGAGUCUUUUGACCAGCUGGACUUGCCCGAACGGCUCCCUGAGCCCCCUCUUCGGGGCUGUGUGUCUGUGGACAACCUCACUGGGCUUGAAGAACCCCUCUCACAGGGUCCUGGCAGCCGCCUGAGGCGCUGGCAGCAGGACCCCCUGAGUAAUAGCUGCUUCUCCCUGACGGACUGCCAGGAGGUGACAGAGGCCUACCGCCGGUCUCUGGGGGUCUGCUCAAAGCUCAGCUGAUGGAUAUGGGCCAUUGGCCCAGCCUGGGCAGGCUCUAAAAUGUAGCUGGCUGCACCUUGUAGGCCUAGCGCCUUUUCCUGGGGCAGGAAUCCCAGCUCCAAAGGCUGUGGAGCCCUAGAUGGGAGAGCAGGCGAAUGAAUUGCUGCGAGGGCUCUGUGCCUCACACCUGAUCUAACCAGGAAAGUGAUGUAAGAAUAG